AUGAGGACUGGCGAACUUGUAAUAUUUUCCGUACUCUGUGGCCUAGCCGCAGCCCAGAUUUGUACGAAGACUAAUGUGAUUAAAAUCAGGGGAAAGCGCGUAGAAAGAAAAGUGAAUGUCUGCUGCCCGGGGUACAGAAAAGACACGAGUAACAAGAAAGGAUUAAAGUGCAUUGCCACCUGCAAUGUGAAUUGCGGCAGUGGAAGAUGCAACAAACCAAAUGUGUGCACCUGUAAUAGGGGAUACACCAACUUAAACAAUCUGCCAUCAAAUCGCUGUGUCCCCUUUUGCAAGGGCUGUGAUCGUGGCAUCUGCCAGUCGCCCAACCGCUGCGUCUGCCACAAGAAUCAUCAAAUGGACCGGAAGACGGGCAACUGUCUGCCCAUCUGUCCCAGCGGCUGCCCCAAUGGCGUUUGCGAGGAUCCUAAUCGAUGCAAGUGCAACGAGGGCUACUCCCUGAAUGCCACCACGCAGGUGUGUCUGCCCAACUGCCAGGACAACUGCGCCCGGAACAAUGGCUUCUGUGCCGCGCCCAAUCGCUGUGAGUGCCUCCAGGGUUACAUGCCCAAGCCCAACUCGAAGUCCUUUGGGUGCCAGCCGGUGUGCAAGAACGGAUGCGGAAACGGAGUGUGUCGGGCGCCGGAUGUGUGUGAGUGCAACAAGUUCUACCACAGAGAUGCCGAGAAGCGGUGUGUGCCCACCUGCGACGAGGGCUGCAUGUUUGGCAAUUGCACCGCGCCGGGGAUUUGCGAGUGUCUGCCGGGCUACACGGCCAUCAGCGAGUCCAUUUGCCUGCCACUUUGCACAGGUUGCUCCAAUGGACAUUGCUCGGCGCCGGGCGAGUGCACUUGUAACGAGGGAUACGGGAAGCAGGAAGGCGUCUGCUCGCCGCUCUGCGUCGGCGGCUGUGAGAACGGAUUUUGUGCAUCUCCUGGAAAGUGCUCCUGCAACGAAGGAUUCCAUAUGAAUGCUGAGGACAAAUGUACCCCCUUUUGCGAGGCAGGAUGUGAGAACGGAAUCUGUGCAUCGCCGGGGAAGUGUUCGUGUCUGGAAGGAUUCGCUAAGGAUACCGAGAGCAGGUGUUCUCCCAUUUGUGAGGGAGGCUGUGAGAACGGUUACUGCUCCUCCCCAGGAAAGUGCUCCUGCAACGAAGGAUUCAGGAUGAAUACCGAGGGCAAAUGCGAGCCUAUCUGCGUGGAGGAAUGCAAGAAUGGAUACUGUUCCUCUCCUGGUAUAUGCUCCUGCAAUGGAGGAUAUGAAAUGAAUCUCGAUAAGCAUUGCAGUCCAGUUUGCAAGGACGGUUGUGUUAAUGGCUUCUGCUUCUCUCCGGGAAGAUGUUCCUGUCUCGAAGGAUACAGCACAGAUACUGAGAGCAGCUGCAAGCCAAUUUGCGAAGGUGGAUGUGAGAACGGAUACUGUGCUUCUCCCAGAAAUUGUUCCUGCAAUGACGGAUAUAGCAAGGAUACUGCUAGCAGAUGUAAACCGAUCUGUAAGGAUGAAUGCAAGAAUGGAUACUGCUCCUCCCCAGGAAAGUGCUCCUGCAACGAAGGAUUCAGGAUGAAUACCGAGGGCAAAUGCGAGCCUAUCUGCGUGGAGGAAUGCAAGAAUGGAUACUGUUCCUCUCCUGGUAUAUGCUCCUGCAAUGGAGGAUAUGAAAUGAAUCUCGAUAAGCAUUGCAGUCCAGUUUGCAAGGACGGUUGUGUUAAUGGCUUCUGCUUCUCUCCGGGAAGAUGUUCCUGUCUCGAAGGAUACAGCACAGAUACUGAGAGCAGCUGCAAGCCAAUUUGCGAAGGUGGAUGUGAGAACGGAUACUGUGCUUCUCCCGGAAAUUGUUCCUGCAAUGAGGGAUAUAUCAAGGAUACUGCUAGUAGAUGUACACCGAUCUGUAAGGAUGAAUGCAAGAAUGGAUACUGUUCCGCCCCAGGAAAGUGCUCCUGCAAUGAAGGAUAUGAAAUGAAUGAGGAGAGCAAAUGUAUUCCAGUUUGUAAGAACGCUUGUGAAAAUGGUUACUGCGCCUCGCCAGAAAAGUGUGCCUGUAAUGAAGGAUACAGCAAGGACACUGAGGAGAAAUGUGCUCCCAUUUGCCGAGAAGGAUGCGAGAACGGUUACUGUUCUUCUCCUGGCAAGUGUUCCUGUAACGCAGGGUUUGGCAAAGAAACCGAGAGCAAGUGUUCUCCAAUCUGUGAGAAGGAAUGCGAGAACGGAUACUGCUCAUCACCAGGAAAGUGUAGCUGCAAUGAAGGAUACAUCAAGGAAAGUGAGAAUAGGUGUGGCCCCAUCUGUGAGGGAGGAUGCGACAAUGGUUACUGUGCCUCUCCCGGGAACUGUUCCUGCCUUGAGGGAUAUAGCAAGGACACCGAGACCAGUUGCAAGCCAAUCUGUGAGAAUGAAUGUGAGAACGGAUACUGCUCAUCACCAGGAAAGUGCGAAUGCAACGAAGGAUAUGAAAUGGAUGGCAAAACCCAUUGUGCUCCAAUCUGCCAAGACGGAUGUGAGAAUGGCUACUGCUCUGCUCCAGGACAAUGCACUUGUCUUGAAGGUUUUCGUAAGGAAAGUGAAGGCAAUUGCGCUCCCAUUUGCGACAAGGGAUGCGAGAACGGAUAUUGUGCUUCGCCCGGAAUCUGUGCCUGUCAUCAAGGAUACAGGAUCAAUACUGAAAACAGCUGUGAUCCCGUCUGCGAGGAGGGCUGUAGAAACGGAAACUGCACGUCUCCCGGAGUAUGUUCCUGCCCCGAAGGUUACCAUCUGGACACUCCGAAUACCUGCUCACCCACGUGUAAGGAUGGGUGUGUAAAUGGCUUUUGCUCCUCUCCAGGAGAAUGCUCAUGUGCCGACGGUUUCUAUUACGACUCAAUCGUAAUCAGAUGUCUGCCUUUGGAGGUGACAUCCACAGGUUCUCCUCCUCCUUCUCAUCCCUAUUUUAUGACUACAAAUACCGCCGAGUACGACUGUGAACAGACGUGCUUGAAUGGAACCUGCCAUGAUGAGGAGUGCACAUGUGGGAAUGGAUACAAGUUGCACGGGAAUCACGACGAUCUCCUCCUCUGCCUGCCCAUUUGCGAGAUUCAGUGCAUCAACGGAUACUGUGAGUCCCCGGGAACGUGUGCCUGUUACGAUGGUGGAGUGCCAGCGGCUGGCUUUCUGUGUCAGUCCCCCCAAGAUGGGUCUCAGCACUUGGGAUCAUCCCGGCAGAGAAAUCACCUCAAGUGGCUUUUCAUCUCCAUUGUGGCAGUGGCAGCCAGCCUGUCUAUGGUCAUUGCCCUGCUGAUGUGCUAUCUCUUCAAGAAGCAUUCAUAUCGGGUGGAUUCCAGAGAGAAGCAGUUCGGAGUCUACUUCUCCGCCAACAAGGCGGACGUGAUUCGUGCUUGAUCUUCACAGGCAUUAAACUGACGAUAAUCUCAAUAAUAAAUAAAUAAUUAUAGAGCAAUGA